GAAUGAAAAAACCCCCGGAAUGUUUCCUCGCAAUAGGGGAACGAAAUGAAAAUCUUCCUCGAGUUCCCCCUCCCCGUAACCAAAUCCCCCCCCACACAGGCUCCCACCAUUUUCUCUCUCUAAUCUCCAUCUCUAAUAAUCCAAACAGUUUGAUCCAUUCGCGAAGUCAAUACAUUACUAUCGUCUACAUUACCAGAUCUAACCCCUCCGAUCCCAUCGAGUCACGCGAAAAUUCAACCAGAUCUCUUCACCCCUCUCAACGACGCCCGUUCUGAUCUCUGGUAGUUCGAUCUGAAGAAGAAAAACCCAGACAGGGAUCGAUGGCGGGGGCGGCCUCCGCGCUCUUCCUUCUGGACAUCAAGGGCCGCGUUCUGGUGUGGCGCGACUACCGUGGCGACGUCUCCUCCGUUCAGGCCGAGAAAUUCUUCACCAAGCUCAUCGAGAAAGAGGGUGAUCAAGGGUCUCAAGAUCCAGUUGCAUAUGAUAAUGGUGUCACCUACUUGUUUGUACAGCACAAUAAUGUCUAUCUGAUGACUGCAUCAAGACAGAACUGCAAUGCUGCUAGUCUUCUUCUGUUUCUUCAUCGCGUAGUUGAUGUCUUUAAGCAUUACUUUGAAGAGUUAGAAGAGGAAUCCCUGAGAGAUAAUUUUGUUGUUGUGUAUGAACUACUUGAUGAAAUGAUGGACUUUGGCUACCCUCAAUACACUGAAGCGAAGAUUCUUAGUGAAUUUAUAAAGACAGACGCUUAUAGGAUGGAAGUUACACAGAGGCCGCCUAUGGCUGUGACAAAUGCUGUGUCUUGGCGCAGUGAAGGCAUACGUUAUAACAAGAAUGAAGUGUUCUUGGAUGUUGUGGAGAGUGUUAAUAUACUUGUGAACAGCAAUGGCCAAAUAAUUCGGUCUGAUGUUGUUGGUGCAUUAAAGAUGCGGACUUACUUGAGUGGUAUGCCUGAGUGUAAGCUUGGGCUAAAUGACAGAGUAUUGUUGGAAGCUCAAGGCCGAACAACAAAGGGAAAAGCAAUUGAUUUGGAUGACAUCAAGUUCCAUCAGUGUGUGCGUUUGGCACGAUUUGAAAAUGAUCGGACUAUAGCUUUUGUACCUCCUGAUGGAUCUUUUGAUCUGAUGACAUAUCGACUCAGCACUCAGGUAAAGCCUCUGAUAUGGGUUGAAGCUCAAAUUGAAAAGCAUUCUAGAAGUCGUAUGGAGAUUACAGUGAAGGCACGCAGCCAGUUUAAGGAGCGUAGCACCGCUACUAAUGUUGAGAUUGAGUUUCCUGUUCCAUCCGAUGCUACCAAUCCAAAUGUUCGGACCUCAAUGGGGUCUGCUUCAUAUGCACCUGAAAAAGAUGCUUUAAUCUGGAAAAUAAAAUCUUUUCCUGGUGGUAAGGAAUAUAUGCUUAGAGCAGAGUUUACUCUUCCCAGUAUAACAGAUGAAGAAGCACCUCCAGAGAGAAAAGCUCCUAUACGUGUGAAGUUUGAGAUACCGUAUUUCACUGUGUCUGGAAUACAGGUUCGUUAUCUAAAGAUUAUUGAGAAGAGUGGCUACCAGGCUCUUCCAUGGGUGAGGUACAUAACAAUGGCCGGCGAGUAUGAACUAAGACUUGCUUGAAGCCACUUCUGUUGUUUUUCCACUCUCAACAAUCGGUCAGUUCUAUGCUCGAUGGUUGCAAAUCUUGUGGGCAAAAGGAGCUUCGAGAAAAGUAAAAAAACUGCUCACAAUCUGGAUCACUGGUUACUCAAGCAAAGUUUUGUUUUUUGAUCCUUGUUUGUUGGUUUGUUUCUAGCAUUGGUUUUUACAACCCAGAAAGUUUGUAUAAGGCGAUUUUACUUCUCUAUUGUUCAUUUGCACGCUAGUGGAAAUUAAGAUCAUUUUUCAUGGACCUGACGUUUUGCCUGUGAUAUUGUUGAUUCCAAAACAUCGAUUUCGCGAUUACUAUUUAUUCCUUACUUUCAA